GUCUCUCCCCCGGCUCCCGACCCGCUUUGCCCGCAGCCCUUCAACUCACGCCGGCUUCGCCCAGGCCCCGACCCCGACUCUACUCCACUCCCAGCGGCCGUCCCCACGUGCUCAGGCUCGGCGCGGCGGGAACGCAAGACACUCUUUAGCCUGUAUUUAGAAACAAAUGCAUGAAAGCCAUCUGGAGGCUCCAAGGUCCAUCUCUGGACUUUGGCAGCACCGUAGUUCCUGCAAAGCUGCAGAAUAACGAUCAAUUAUUGAAUUGAGGGCAUCAAGAACACUUCAGACCUCUUGUGCUCCCUUGCCACUGAGGUGGCUGUCGUCAGCUGCUGUGGGAGAGACUUGGAACCCUGAACUUGGAUCGCUGCAGUUCGUUUUGGAGGUGGAUAGCUACUCAAAUUGCAGCAAUUACAAGAGUGCUAAGAGCCCACUUUGGAGUCACUAUGGAGGAGUCUUCCCCUACCACAAAGCCCCUGGAGUUGAACCUGAAUUCUCAUUUCAUCCUUGGCUCUGUGUCUGAGGAUAACUCAGAGGAUGAGACGAGCUCCUUGGUGAAACUUGAUCUGCUUGAGGAGAAAGAGAGGUCUCUGUCUCCUGUAUCUGUCUGUUCAGAUUCCCUUUCGGACCCGGGACUGUCUAAUGUUCAAGAUGUCCUGGCUAGUCAUAUAAGGCCCAGUAUGUCCGGCUUGCACCUUGUAAAGCAAGGCCGGGACAGGAAGAAAGUUGAUCUACAGAGGGAUUUCACUGUGGCCUCCCCUGCAGAAUUUGUUACUCGUUUUGGGGGGAAUAAAGUUAUCGAGAAGGUCCUUAUUGCCAAUAAUGGGAUUGCGGCAGUGAAAUGUAUGAGAUCCAUCCGACGCUGGUCCUAUGAGAUGUUUCGAAAUGAGCGUGCAAUCAGGUUUGUCGUCAUGGUGACUCCUGAAGAUCUGAAAGCAAAUGCAGAGUACAUUAAAAUGGCAGAUCACUAUGUCCCGGUGCCAGGAGGAGCGAACAACAAUAACUAUGCAAAUGUGGAACUCAUUCUUGAUAUUGCUAAACGGAUUCCAGUGCAGGCAGUGUGGGCUGGCUGGGGGCAUGCCUCCGAGAAUCCCAAACUACCAGAACUCCUCCACAAAAAUGGAAUUGCCUUCAUGGGGCCCCCAAGCCAGGCUAUGUGGGCUUUAGGAGAUAAAAUUGCAUCCUCGAUAGUGGCCCAAACUGCGGGCAUCCCAACUCUCCCAUGGAGCGGCAGUGGCCUCCGAGUGGACUGGCAGGAGAAUGACUUUCAGAAGCGCAUCUUAAGUGUGCCCCAGGAGCUGUAUGAAAAAGGCUACGUGAAAGAUGUGGAUGAUGGGUUACUGGCAGCUGAAGAAGUUGGCUACCCAGUCAUGAUCAAGGCCUCUGAAGGAGGAGGAGGAAAAGGAAUCAGGAAAGUUAACAAUGCAGAUGACUUCCCCAACCUUUUUAGACAGGUUCAAGCUGAAGUGCCAGGCUCGCCCAUCUUUGUGAUGAGACUAGCCAAGCAGUCUCGCCACCUGGAGGUGCAGAUCCUGGCGGAUCAGUACGGCAAUGCCAUCUCCCUUUUUGGCCGUGACUGCUCAGUGCAGCGCAGGCACCAGAAGAUCAUCGAAGAGGCUCCUGCAACUAUUGCUACCUCAGUGGUGUUUGAGCAUAUGGAACAGUGUGCCGUGAAGCUCGCCAAGAUGGUGGGGUAUGUGAGUGCGGGUACAGUGGAAUACCUCUACAGCCAGGAUGGCAGCUUCUACUUCCUGGAGCUGAAUCCCCGGCUGCAGGUGGAGCACCCCUGCACAGAGAUGGUGGCUGACGUCAACCUGCCAGCAGCACAGUUACAGAUUGCCAUGGGGAUUCCCCUCCACAGGAUCAAAGAUAUCCGAGUAAUGUAUGGGGUGUCUCCGUGGGGCGAUGUACCCAUUGACUUUGAGAACUCAGCCCAUGUCCCCUGUCCACGGGGUCAUGUGAUCGCUGCUCGUAUCACCAGUGAAAAUCCAGAUGAGGGUUUUAAACCCAGCUCUGGAACAGUCCAAGAACUGAAUUUUCGCAGCAAUAAGAACGUCUGGGGCUAUUUCAGUGUCGCUGCCGCGGGGGGGCUUCACGAAUUUGCUGACUCUCAAUUUGGUCACUGCUUCUCUUGGGGAGAGAACCGUGAGGAGGCCAUCUCAAACAUGGUGGUGGCUUUGAAGGAACUUUCCAUCCGAGGGGAUUUCCGAACCACUGUUGAGUACUUGAUUAAACUGCUGGAGACAGAAAGCUUCCAGCAGAACAGCAUUGACACUGGCUGGUUGGACAGGCUCAUCGCUGAGAAAGUGCAGGCAGAGAGGCCUGACACCAUGCUAGGGGUAGUGUGCGGGGCUCUGCAUGUGGCUGACGUGAGCUUCCGGAACAGUGUCUCCAACUUCCUACACUCUCUGGAAAGGGGUCAGGUCCUGCCUGCUCAUACACUGCUGAACACAGUGGAUGUUGAACUCAUCUAUGAUGGAAGGAAGUACGUGCUAAAGGUGACCCGGCAGUCUCCCAAUUCCUAUGUGGUCGUCAUGAACAACUCUUACGUGGAGGUUGAGGUACACCGAUUGAGUGACGGAGGGCUGCUCUUAUCCUAUGAUGGGAGCAGCUACACAACCUACAUGAAAGAAGAAGUGGACAGGUACCGCAUCACCAUAGGGAACAAGACCUGCGUGUUUGAGAAGGAAAAUGAUCCGUCUCUCCUUCGCUCCCCCUCGGCUGGGAAGCUCAUCCAGUAUGUGGUGGAGGAUGGGGGACAUGUAUUCUCAGGCCAGUGCUUUGCUGAAAUUGAGGUGAUGAAAAUGGUGAUGACGCUGUCGGCAGCAGAAUCAGGCUGCAUCCAUUAUGUCAAACGCCCUGGGGCAGUGCUGGACCCUGGCUGUGUAAUUGCUAAACUGCAGCUGGAUGAUCCCAGCAGGGUUCAGCAGGCCGAUCUGCAUACAGGCACCUUACCACAGAUCCACAGCACAGCCCUCCGAGGCGAGAAGCUCCAUCGUGUCUUUCACUGUGUCCUCGAUAACCUGGUCAAUGUGAUGAAUGGUUACUGCCUGCCAGAGCCCUACUUCAGCAGCAAGGUGAAGGACUGGGUUGAGCGGCUAAUGAAGACCCUGAGAGACCCAUCUUUGCCUCUCCUGGAGCUUCAGGACAUCAUGACCAGCGUCUCUGGGAGGAUCCCACCCAAUGUGGAGAAGUCCAUCAAGAAGGAGAUGGCCCAGUAUGCUAGCAACAUCACGUCGGUCCUUUGUCAGUUUCCAAGCCAGCAGAUCGCCAACAUCUUGGACAGUCAUGCAGCCACACUGAACCGCAAGUCUGAGCGCGAGGUCUUCUUCAUGAACACCCAGAGCAUCGUGCAGCUGGUGCAACGGUAUCGGAGUGGCAUUCGAGGCCACAUGAAAGCUGUGGUGAUGGAUCUGCUCCGUCAGUACCUAAAGGUGGAGACUCAGUUCCAGCAUGGUCACUAUGACAAGUGUGUCUUCGCCCUUCGGGAAGAGAACAAAAGUGACAUGAAUGCUGUAUUGAACUACAUCUUCUCUCAUGCUCAAGUUACCAAGAAGAACCUCCUCGUAACGAUGCUCAUUGAUCAGCUGUGUGGCCGAGACCCCACCUUGACAGACGAAUUAAUUAAUAUUCUAACUGAGCUGACCCAGCUCAGCAAGACCACCAAUGCAAAAGUGGCCCUGCGAGCGCGUCAGGUUCUCAUUGCUUCCCAUUUGCCGUCAUACGAGCUGCGUCACAACCAGGUGGAGUCCAUCUUCCUGUCAGCCAUUGACAUGUACGGACACCAGUUCUGCAUUGAGAACUUACAGAAACUCAUUCUGUCCGAAACAUCCAUCUUUGAUGUGCUACCAAAUUUUUUCUACCAUAGUAACCAGGUGGUGCGAAUGGCAGCUCUGGAGGUGUACGUUCGAAGGGCGUACAUUGCCUAUGAGUUGAACAGUGUCCAGCAUCGCCAGCUGAAGGACAACACUUGUGUCGUGGAAUUCCAGUUCAUGCUACCCACCUCUCAUCCAAACAGAGGGAACAUCCCCACGCUAAACAGAAUGUCCUUUUCCUCCAACCUCAAUCAUUACGGGAUGGUCCAUGUAGCAAGUGUGAGUGAUGUGCUGCUGGACAACUCAUUCACCCCUCCGUGCCAGCGGAUGGGCGGAAUGGUCUCCUUCCGGACUUUUGAAGAGUUUGUCAGAAUCUUUGAUGAAGUGAUGGGUUGCUUCUGUGACUCACCUCCCCAAAGCCCAACCUUUCCUGAAGCUGGCCACACUUCCUUGUAUGAUGAGGAUAAGAGUGCCCGAGAGGAGCCCAUUCACAUACUGAACAUUGCCAUUAAGACCGACUGUGACAUUGAUGAUGAUGGGUUGGCGGCCAUGUUCAGGAACUUCACACAAAGCAAGAAAUCAGUCCUGAUUGAUCAUGGGAUUCGAAGGCUGACGUUCCUUGUAGCACAAAAGGAUUUCAGGAAACAGGUCAACUAUGAGGUGGAUCAAAGAUUUCAUAGGGAAUUCCCUAAAUUUUUCACGUUCCGUGCCAGGGAUAAGUUCGAAGAAGAUAGGAUCUACCGUCAUCUGGAGCCAGCUCUGGCUUUCCAGUUAGAGCUGAACCGAAUGCGAAACUUUGAUCUCACCGCCAUUCCAUGUGCCAACCACAAAAUGCACCUGUACCUGGGAGCAGCUAAAGUUGAAGUGGGCACUGAGGUGACAGACUACAGGUUCUUCGUGAGGGCUAUUAUAAGGCAUUCAGACCUGGUUACCAAGGAGGCCUCCUUUGAGUAUCUGCAGAAUGAAGGGGAACGCUUGCUUUUGGAAGCCAUGGAUGAGCUGGAGGUGGCCUUUAAUAACACCAAUGUGCGCACUGACUGCAACCACAUCUUCUUAAACUUUGUGCCUACUGUCAUCAUGGAUCCAUCUAAGAUUGAAGAGUCUGUGCGGAGCAUGGUAAUGCGCUAUGGAAGCCGCCUUUGGAAGCUCCGCGUCCUCCAAGCAGAGCUGAAAAUUAACAUUCGCUUGACGCCAACUGGAAAGGCAAUUCCCAUCCGUCUCUUCCUGACCAACGAAUCUGGCUAUUACUUGGACAUCAGCUUGUACAAGGAGGUGACGGACUCCAGGACAGCACAGAUUAUGUUCCAGGCGUACGGCGAUAAACAGGGACCACUUCAUGGCAUGCUGAUCAACACCCCAUAUGUGACAAAAGACCUGCUCCAGUCCAAGAGAUUCCAGGCCCAGUCUUUAGGGACGACGUAUAUCUAUGACAUCCCUGAGAUGUUCCGGCAGUCUCUGAUUAAACUCUGGGAUUCUAUGAGUGAAUAUGCAUUGCUGCCAACGCUGCCGUUGCCUUCUGAUAUGCUAACCUAUACUGAACUAGUAUUGGAUGAUCAAGGUCAGUUGGUGCAUAUGAACAGGCUGCCAGGAGGAAAUGAGAUUGGCAUGGUGGCUUGGAAAAUUACCCUCAAGAGCCCCGAGUGCCCAGAUGGCCGUGAUAUCAUAGUCAUUGGCAAUGACAUUACCUAUCGAAUAGGGUCCUUUGGGCCCCAAGAGGACCUGCUGUUCCUGAGGGCUUCUGAACUUGCUCGCACGGAAGGUAUCCCACGAAUUUAUGUGGCUGCUAACAGCGGAGCAAGGAUUGGUUUGGCUGAGGAGAUUCGUCACAUGUUUCAUGUUGCCUGGGAAGACCCCGAUGACCCUUAUAAAGGUUAUAAAUACUUGUACCUAACUCCUCAAGAUUAUAAGAAAGUCAGUGCCCUGAACUCAGUUCAUUGUGAGCAUGUGGAGGACGAAGGAGAAUCCAGGUAUAAGAUAACCGAUAUUAUUGGGAAGGAAGAAGGACUUGGAGUGGAGAACCUCCGAGGAUCUGGGAUGAUUGCAGGAGAAUCAUCAUUAGCCUAUGAGGAUAUUAUCACCAUCAACCUGGUAACGUGUCGGGCAAUUGGAAUUGGGGCCUAUCUUGUCCGGUUAGGACAGAGGACUAUCCAAGUAGAGAACUCCCAUAUCAUCCUGACUGGAGCUGGAGCCCUCAACAAAGUGCUCGGACGGGAGGUGUACACCUCAAACAACCAGCUGGGUGGGGUCCAGAUCAUGCACAACAAUGGUGUGACGCACAGCACUGUGAGUGAUGAUUUUGAAGGCAUCUACACCAUUCUGCAGUGGCUGUCCUACAUGCCCAAGAGUGUAUCCAGCCCGGUGCCUACCCUCAGCAUCAAGGAUCCUAUAGACAGAGUCAUUGAGUUUGUUCCCACCAAGACUCCCUAUGAUCCCCGCUGGAUGUUGGCUGGACGUCCUAGUCCAACUCAAAAAGGCCAGUGGUUAAGUGGUUUCUUUGACAGUGGAUCAUUCCUAGAGAUCAUGCAGCCCUGGGCACAAACAGUUGUGGUUGGCAGAGCUAGACUGGGAGGAAUACCUGUAGGAGUAGUUGCCGUAGAAACCCGAACAGUGGAGCUAAGUAUCCCUGCUGAUCCUGCAAACCUGGACUCUGAGGCCAAGAUAAUCCAACAGGCUGGUCAGGUGUGGUUCCCAGACUCUGCCUUUAAGACUGCUCAGGCUAUCAAAGACUUUAACCGGGAGGGACUUCCGCUGAUGGUCUUUGCCAACUGGAGAGGCUUUUCUGGUGGAAUGAAAGACAUGUAUGACCAGGUGCUGAAGUUUGGUGCCUACAUUGUGGAUGGCCUAAGAGAAUAUAGACAGCCAGUGCUUGUGUACAUCCCACCCCAAGCCGAGCUGAGAGGAGGAUCCUGGGUCGUGAUUGAUCCCACCAUUAAUCCCCGACACAUGGAGAUGUACGCAGACCGAGACAGCAGAGGAGGAGUUCUGGAGCCAGAAGGGACCGUAGAAAUCAAAUUCCGCAGGAAAGAUUUGGUGAAAACAAUGAGACGGGUGGACCCAAUCUACAGUCGUCUGGCAGAGCGACUAGGCACCCCGGAGCUAAGCCCAGCUGAGCGGAAGGAGCUGGAGACCAAGCUGAAGGAACGGGAGGAAUUCCUAAUUCCCAUUUACCAUCAGGUGGCGGUGCAGUUUGCUGACCUGCAUGACACGCCAGGCCGAAUGCAGGAGAAGGGUGUCAUUACUGAUGUUCUAGAGUGGAGAACCUCCCGUACUUUCUUCUACUGGAGACUAAGGCGUCUUCUGCUAGAAGACUUGGUCAAGCAGAAGAUCCAUGAUGCCAAUCCUGAGCUGACAGAUGGACAAAUCCAGGCCAUGCUGAGGCGCUGGUUCGUGGAAGUCGAGGGGACAGUAAAGGCGUACUUAUGGGAUAACAAUAAGGAUCUAGUGGAGUGGCUGGAGAAACAGCUAACAGAAGAAGAUGGCAUUCGCUCAGUUGUGGAUGAAAACAUCAAAUACAUCUCCAGAGACUACAUACUCAAACAGAUACGCAGCUUGGUGCAGGCCAAUCCUGAGGUUGCCAUGGAUUCCAUUGUCCACAUGACCCAGCAUAUAUCCCCUACCCAGCGAGCUGAGAUAGUGCGUAUUCUUUCAACAAUGGACUCACCUCCUUCAACAUAAGAGCAUCUGUUUCCCACCCUCUUCCUUUUCCUGCGACAAAAGGCUCAGAGUUGCCCUUUGUCUGCUCAGUGGUGAACACUGUACUGAGAAGAGGAAGCAAAAGGAAGAAUGGUAUUUUUAAUUUUUAAAAUCAGACUGACCCGAGGGAGCACGCUCUCUGGCCCCAGAGACAUAAGGAAAACAAACUGCUGAGGAAUUAACUUAUGGAUGUCUAACUGUACCUUAUUUAUUUAACAAAGAGUGACUGGACCAAUGCAUCAGCUAGCUGUGUGGCUGCCCUCUGAAAGCAGUAGGAAAAGGCAGUGAAGGGUACUGUGGUACCAUGAGGUCUUAGAGCAGCAAAGUAAGGGCUUUCUUACACUGUGCCCUUCUCCCACACACCCCCAGUCUGGUGAUGGUGGUCUUGUUUCAGUAGACAAAUGUGCCAGUGGCGUGCUGGCUGGUCAGGGGUUUGUUAAACGCACAUGGGAAGAUACUACAAAGAAAUGGGAAAACAGUAUUCGUUCAUGGCUCUGUUACGCUGGGGAGGAGCUAAUCCUGCUCUCUUCUCUCCUCUCUGAUGGUCGCAAGUUUCAUUACAUGUCAGUCUUGGUUGUUUACCUGUUAUUUCAGUAUUUUCAUUCCAGGAGCUAUGCUGCAGGCUUUCCCGGUCUCAGACAGGGCAGAGAUGAAGUAGUAUCCUGUAAAAAGAAAAAUGCUUAGAAAAAGUUACCAUUUGCCAUGUAUCCAGUUUAUGACAGUAAUAAUUAUGACCUAUCACACGGGUUAAUUCUGGUCCCCUCUCUCGUGUGUCUGCAGAACUAUAUUUAUAUUCUAUCUGCACAUUCACAGGCUAUUCCGUUACUUAUUCAUUCUGUCUCACCUAGGAAGCAAACGAUUAUUCCAUAAAGAUGGGGGAAAGCGGCAAUAGUUAAAGUCACAGAAAUACUGAAAUUAAAACCAGCUCUCUGUCUCUCAACAAUUUUUUGUACUUCUGUUACUGAAAGUGAUGUUUUUAAAAUGAAAAACGCAGCUGCUCAGGCUCUUGUGUGGACAGAGGCAUUUCUGAGCUCGUUAGAAAAAUGUAAAUGGGAGUCUGGGUAAUAUUUGUAUAUCAGGCUUUUUUCCCCUCCCUUAACAUUUUAAAUGUGUGGGAGUCCUCCAUCCAUGUACUGAGGAGCUAAUGGCUAUUACCGUAACAGCACCAUCUAUUCAAUCGAUACUACACGUCAGCAAAUUAUGUCAGUUAUUUUCUUUCUUGUCUAAUACUUUUAUUUAUUAUUCAUUUGACAGCCUGACAUGGCUAAGUAAGGCUGCACUUAAACCCCCCCCUUUAAAAAAAACAACUUUAUCCCAAAACUUUCUUGGAAAGUUUGACACAGAGGAGGCCUGGUAAGAAUGUCAUCAUUGGGAGUUCUGCACAAGGAUUUUAAAUUGCUUUGGCGGCUAGGUUGAUUUCUCCUCCCCCAAAAAAAGACCCAGCCUGUAUUUUUACUGAGGGUUCCUGGUGGUGAUAUAAACCACAGCAGAAUCCUGAGAUGACAGCACAACAUCCAGUCUUAAUUAUUUUAAUAGGAAAUAGGUCUCAAUGUGAAUCAAAGCAUUCACAUCACUGAGGGCUUGUCUACACUUACCGGAGGAUCAACACUGCAGCGAUCAAUUUAGGGGGUCUUCACUAGACCCGCUAAAUCCACCUGUGAUCAAGAAGAGUAAGGGGAGUCAACAUCAUGUAGUGUGGACCCCACGGUAAGUAGAGCUAAGCUACAUCGAUUUGAGUUACACUAUUGACAAGGCCUAAUUGUCUGAUCUUCUACAACUUUUUUCUUAUAGAAAAUCUGAAGUAACAUUUUUUAAAAUGAACAGUAUCAGACAUUAUAAAAUUUAGACUGGCUGUUUGUCCCAUAGUCACUGUAAAACAAUAUUAUACAGUUUUAUCUCUUCUCAGCAGUGUCAGAAACCAGUGUAAACCAUAACAGGUAGGCUAGUAUCAACAAGCCUAGUUUUUGCUAAAACAUAAAGUCAACACAAGUUUGAGGCAUUUGUUGUGCGAAUGAUGUGUAGACCAGACCCAUCCCAAAGCCAUGUUCACUGGCCCUGACAAAGGGUAAAAAUAGCUUCAUAUCCCUGCUGCCACGUCCUCACUGCUACUUUUAGCAAGACAGCACAGGUAUGUCUACACAAGCUGCAGUGAAGACACAGCCUUCCACUGCAAGCACAGAUUCUCUCAACGAGUAAGGAUUUAUUGGACAGACUGACUGUUGGCCCUUUCCAUUGUAGCAGCUGUCAAAAAUCAACUUUUCACCAAGAGCUGGUAGGCCCUGAAAUUACAUCUGCUUGUGUUACUGGUGCUCUGAUGUACUUAGUAACUGUAUAAAAAGAGCUGAAUUGCCCAUUCUCAUGCAUUAAAAACAUUUCUUUGGUAAAGGAUUCUGGAGCCUUUAGGGGUCUCACUGCUGAAGCAUGUGAAUCAUUUCUGAGAUAUUAAAAUAAGAGCCUCAUUUUAAAAGAUUCGGGAGAAGCACUUUUCCAUUCCACCCACUCAUAGACAAGCUAGUGCAGCUCUGAGGAGCCUUGACAAAGUACAUAUUCUGAAGAUGCUUGUAAGCAUUACAACAUUUCAGUGUUGUUCUUUUUUAGACAGGUUAGCUUAUGAUGUAAGAGCUGCCAAAGUUAGCACAUGCUAGUUUAGAAGCUGGUUGCGUCUUCCUUCCAACUCUGCCUGACUGACAAGCAGACGCAAAUUACCGAAGGGGCUGGUUUUGGCUUAAAUUGUCCUUAAAGCAGUUUGUUAUGAAUUGUUCGUUUCAUUCAAACUGACUAUAAUCUAAUAGUAAAUGGCUCCGCCCUGCAAACAACCCUACUAAACUUGAAGCAUCACAUAAAAGCCACUUGUGAGGAGCUAGGCACAGACCUGGCCCAGCUUCAAGCUCCCCUUUUCACGAUGAGUGUGACAGCCAGUCAUCCCAGAGACUAAGACCUUAUAGUAACACUACCAGAAAACAAAGUCUACUGUACAUGUUAAGUCCUGCUCUGUGUCUUUAUGCAGUUGGGAAAGGACGCACCCUGGCCAUGUUACUGCUGGUACUUGCUGAUGUAUUUCACUUACCUCAAGUUUCUUUUAAUAAAAAGAAUCUGUUUAAGACUCUUUUCAUUGCUACAA